AUGCUGCUUAAGUUGUCGAGCAAAAGCCCUGAGAUUGUUAAAUCGUUGCUGCUUUACAUGAUAACUCUCUUUUACGUGGUGCGCAAAGUAGUUAUCGACGAAAUUGAAAGCGCAAAAGUUGUCGUGACUCGAGGUCUGGAAAACACGCUGAUAUUAGCCAAGAAGGAUCUCAAUAAAUUUGCUGCAAUUGGAUAUCAGCUAGUUUUCUAUCAAACAUCAGCAACAAGUGCAAUCGCAGACACUCUUCUCGAUGAACUCAAGGAGCUACACGCGGUCAAAGGUGAGUACUCAGCAGGCGAAUUGGUGCUGCAGCUUCAGUUGUAG